AUGAUAUGGGACACAGGAUGGCCAGUUUUCGAAUCCGCGCGGGACAAGGACUAUGAUCUGGUCUGGGAAGUGUACUCCGUGGGUUUUGCCGGGCAUCUGAAUGCUGUUUGUAUUUAGGCCCUUGGGCAGGCCUGGGUGCAGCUUACUCUGCUCACAUUUCUUCCGGCGGUCGGUGUCUGGUCAGGCUCCCUCCUUUCCUCUCUACUUACCACAGCCCUCUUGCUGCUGACCGCCCGGGAGGGAGUCCGCUACCUGUUUUACCAGGGGGUCCAACUCGGUCUCAGAGAGGACCUCCUGGAUAUCAAGACCAGCUACAUGCAGGAAGGACAGGUCUCCUGUUUCUGGGUGGCUGAGCACCAAGCUUAUGUAGUGGGCACCGUUGCCAUUCUUCCCUGCUGCACACAGCCAGUAGCCUGGAAACUGAAGCACAUUUCUGUUAGGAGGGGGGUCCGGAGGUUUGCCAAAGUGUUAUGUCAAACAGCUCUUGAGUUUGUUACAUCCAUGCUGCAGGCUGAUGCUCAUAAGCUAUAUCGUCAUAUGGGUUUUACAAUAGAUGGAUUUGUCUGGCUGUCGCCACCAGCCCAGCUGAUCAAUUUUAUAGUUUUUAUAUAAGGAUGUAAGGUGCCCCGGCGAGGCGUUUUAUCCAAGGAUGCACAAGCAGUAAGCAGCAGACUAGCCUUUGGCUAG